UAUCUAUGGUCUGAACGUCAGAUCGUCAGAUGUCAGCACUGUCAGCAGUCAAAUAGUGCGUUAACCUAAGAAAAUUCUGAAAUAAUUUCUUGAUUUUACAUCACAUUAUAAUCAUUAUUAGUUUAAAACCUGAAUAAAUUUUCCCAUCGAAAUGAAAUGAGCAAUUACUACUAUCUUGAUGUGUCAUUAAUUUUAAAAGAACCUCAAGAAGUUACAGUAGUGUUUUUUAAGAAGAAUAUAGUCGAGGCUAUAAAACAACUAUUUGGAGAAGUUGGUACUGCCAGUAUUACUUUUGAUAUCCUAAAGUACGAUUCAGAAAAACUUCGAGCCAUUAUUAGAGUUCCUAAUAGAUAUUUUGUUAAAUUCCGCGGAAGUCUUACGUUACGCGGUAGCUACGAAGGGAUUAAAUCAUCGUAUGUUAUUCAUAAGGCCGCGCCACUAUUGCUAGCGUUGCAGGGCGACAGUAGAGAUUAUAUUCAUUAACAAAUUAAUAUAUUAUAAUUAAUUCUAAAUAUGUCGUACUGCCGAGAAUUUGGCAAAGACAAAGUAAUUUUUGCCACUAAGGAAGACCAUGCCGUACCGAGUAAAGUUACACUGUCACCGCCCGAAAAACAACCAGGUUUAAUUCUGCCCAAUGGUGACAUAAAUUGGAAUUGCCCGUGUUUAGGAGGAAUGGCAACGGGACCUUGCGGAGUCCAGUUUAGAGAUGCAUUUAGUUGUUUCCAUUAUUCGAAAACAGAGCCUAAGGGUAGUGAUUGUUUGGAGAAAUUUAAAGCCAUGCAAACGUGUAUGCAGAAAUAUCCAACGGUAUAUAAUAAAGAAUUGGCUGAUGACGAUGAUGAUAUGAGCAGCAUGGUAGAAGCUGAGCAGUCUGCAGCAGCGCCAGGAAGUAGCAAGGUAGAGAAACACCACAAGAAAUCAGCUAGUAACAAAGAAUAGAAUAGAUAUUUGAAAAAUGGUGUAUAUGGGUUGCAUUUGUAAAUCUGAAAUGUUUCUUGUAUACAAACUAUUUUAGGUUUAAAAAUAAUGUAGUAAAUAAAGGUUUGUUGUAUAUA